UAUUAAUUGCAAUACCAAUUUGAUGGUCGACCAAGUGAUCUUCCUUCGGUGAAAUGUCGGCGGCUACAGGUGUUUCUCGUAUUGUACGAGCAACACCAUUCCGAAUGGUUUCUGUCCGUGGAUCUUGCUCCAAGUUAUUUCUCGGAGGGCUUUGUUAUGACACGAACGAACCCGUCCUCAAGGAUGCAUUUCAGAAGUACGGAGAAGUCAUUGAAGUUAAAGUGAUAUGCGAUCAUGUGAGCGGGAAAUCAAAAGGUUACGGCUUUGUACGAUUCCAUUCAGAAGAAGCGGCCGCCAAAGCCCUUGCAUCCAUGAACAAUCAGCUACUCGACGGUAGAAACAUCCGCUUAGAAUAUGCACGCAAAGGAUGAUCAUUUUGUCUGCUCAAAGAUGAAACCAGUAAGAAUCUGAUCCGGGGCCUCCACUCUUUGCUGCUUCAACGAAAAUUAAUCGGCUAUCGACAAUCUGGGAAGAAAAGAAAAGGAUCAGAGACAGAUAUAGUUCAUGUUUAAAGGAGCUCAAAACUGCCAUGGACACCGUUUGCUUUUUCUCAUGCAUAUGAUGUGAUUACUGUCACACCCUCUUACUCUUAACAGAAAUUAUGUCUGAUCCACUAAAACAUAUCUCUAGUUUUGUUGUUUGUCACAUAAGAGCGUAGUAAACAAUCUACAAAGUUACUUCGAAGUCUAUAGCCGUGAAUCAUCACAGAAUCAUCAACGAGAAUACUGCAAGAGAAACUCAACCUAAGAGACAAGGAAAAUGGUUCAUCUGCAGGAACCCAUAUCAGCUACAACCUACUUAAGAAUCAUAACUGACCCUGGUUCGAAUUCGAUGAAGAUAAAUACCAAUAUCACAACCCAAGAUUGAAUACUCAUUCACGAACACAAUACUGUAACACAGGCAGAAGACUAGACAGAUGGUAGGAUUGAUGGA